GCCAUCCGCAGCUGGCGGGCUGCAGGCAAACAGGAUGACGAGCGGGUGACGGGAGCGGGAAGGGGGAGCGUGGCCUCACGCAGGGCCGGCAGCCCCGCUUCUGCUGCGGGAGCAACACCAGCAAGCAGGACCUCAGUGAGGACAGGAGCAUCACUUAUCUCCCCAGGAGAAAAGGCAAAGAGAAGGUAGCAGCCAUGGCUAUGGUGGGAUUACCCUCUCUGGGACACAGGAGAAGAGCCCUUGCUGCCCAGGCACCAGAGCUGCUGGCUUAGCCCUGGAGGGGGAUGCCGAGCUGGACAGGGUCAAACACCACGGACAGCCUAGAGCUGCUCUCUAUCCCCAAGCACUCCAUUGCCCAGGAGGUGGUGGGCCUCUUCUGCAUGAUCCUGCUCACCCUCACCGCCCUGGUGGCCAACAUCGUGGUGAUGGUCAUCAUCCUCAAAACACCCCUUUUCAGGAAGUUCAUCUUUGUCUGCCACCUCUGUGUGGUCAAUCUCCUCUCAGCUAUUUUCCUCAUGCCCCUGGGGAUCAUCUCCAGCUCCACCUGUUUCAACUGGGUUAUCUACAGCAUUGCUGAGUGCAAGGCCGUGAUAUUCCUGAACAUCUGCUUCAUCAGUGCCUCCAUUCUCACCAUCUGUAUCAUCAGCGUGGAGCGGUACUACUACAUCGUCCACCCCUUGAGGUAUGAGGUCAAGAUGACCAUCAGGCUGGCAGUGGCUGGAGUAGUUUUCAUUUGGGUCAAGUCUGUUCUCACCACUGUCUUGGCACUAGUGGCGUGGCCUCAUGGCAAUGGGGCCACCAGCGCCAGCCACUGCACAGUCUACUGGAGCCCCGGGGCCCACAAGAAGGUUUUUGUGAUCCUCUUCAGCAUCACCUGCUUUAUUCUGCCCACCAUCAUCAUCCUCGCUGUCUACUCCAGCAUCUACCGCGUGGCCCGGACUGCGUCCCUGCAGCAGGCACCUGUGCCAGCACAGGCAGUUGCACCCAGACACCGAUGUGACUCCAUCGCCAGCCAAGUGACCAUCCUCACUGCCAGGAUCCUGAUGCUGCCCAGGCUGAUCCCAGAUCGCCUUCUAGGAAGCAACAAGGCCAUCCUCACCUUGGUCCUCAUUGUGGGACAAUUCUUGUGCUGCUGGCUGCCUUUCUUUGCUUUCCACUUGCACUCCUCUGUCGCUGUUGGCACUGUGGGUGGUGGGCACGGGGAGAUGGUGGUCACCUGGAUUGCCUACUCCUCCUUUGCCGUUAAUCCUUUCUUCUACGGGUUGCUGAACCGCCAAAUACGUGAGGAGCUGGCCCGGCUCCGUCGCAGAUGUCUAAACCAUCCACUUGGUCAGGACCUCUGUCUUUCCAUCUCAGAGGCUUCUGUUCAGGAAAACUUCUUGCAGUUCCUCCAGAGAGCAACAUGCACACUGGAGACUCACACCAGCUGCAUCAGCCCCAGCCCCAGGAACAGGCUGGACCAGACCACAACGGGCUUCCCCACCCCAGGUCAAGUCCCCGAAGAGAGCAGCUGAGAAGGAGGCUCUGUCCCACUGUGCUGGGCAGGAGACCUGCCAGGGACCCAUCAGACCUGCUUGGACCCAAUCUCUUGGAUUCGAAGGAGUCCUUGUGCAGGUUUUGCCUC